AUGGGAACGCACAUUUCACGAAAUGAAAAAAUUUCCUCGGACCCGGAGCGUCAGGCGCAGUACGUUAAGAUGAAGCGUGACGAUGAACGCCGUUGGAACGCUGCCGACAUGAAUUUUGACAACAAGCUCAGUCUGGACGAGUACUCAGCAUUCCUUCACCCUCAAGAUUAUCCACGAAUGCGAAACGUCGUCAUUGAGGAAACACUAAGCAGCGUAGACACAGAUCACGAUGGUUACAUCUCAAUCGAGGAAUACCUUGUUGAUUUGGCGAAGUCCUACGGUCGGACUUUCGAUCCGAAGGCUCCACUGGAUGAUUGGGGCCAGAAGGAGAAGGAGCAAUUUCUGAAGCACCGCGACAAGAAUGGUGACAAACGCAUGGACCGCCAGGAGAUUGGUGAAUGGAUCAUGCCAACCGACUACGAUCCUGUCGAAGCAGAAGCCAAACACCUCAUCUACCACGCUGAUGAUGACAAGGACGGAAAGCUGCAGGAGAAGGAGGUUUUGGAGCACCAUAGCCUGUUUGUUGGCAGCCAGGCUCUCAACUAUGGACGCCCAUUGGGACACGAGGAAUUAUAA